AUGGGUAAGCCUACAGGUUCAUCAGAAACUGAUUACAAGAAGGUUCUGUCUCGGAAUGAUGAACUGGUAAAGCAGGAGACCACUCUAAAGAAAGAGUAUACUACGCUGCUAAGAAAGAUUUCUAGUAUAUGUUCGGUUUUAGAUCAGUUGGAAGGUGAGACAGCAGAAACUCCGGGUCUCAUAUCCAAUAGGUCUCUCAAAAGAGUUCCGGGAUUCCAGUGGCAUAACGACCAAAUAAACCUCCUUGAAAAACUGUCACAGGAAAAUCAAGAAAUCACGAUACCAACAGAAUUAAUAGAUUCUUAUAAAUUGUAUAAGGAUACUCCUCUAUUACAUAGAGAUGUACAAUAA